AUGAGUUCCCAGUAUUGUAAACUUUUUGUUGGUGGACUGAAUGUGAAUACUGACAGCAAUGAUCUGCGAAAGCAUUUCGAGCAGUAUGGUAAGCUCAUUGACUGCACUGUCAUCGUGAAUAAGCAGCUGCAGCGGUCCUGUUGUUUUGGCUUUGUAACCUUCACCACACUGGAGGAGGCUGACACAGCAGUUAAAGCUGGGCUGCACACUAUCGAUGGCCACAUAGUUGAAGUGAAGCAGGCCAUCUUAAGAGAGGACGCCAACAAACCAGAGGCCCUCAAAAACAUGAAGAAAGUCUUUGUUGGUGGUCUGAAAGAUGACAUUGAGGAGGAACAUCUGAUUAACCAUUUCAGGCCGUAUGGUGAUAUUGAGAAGGCUGUAGUAAUCUCAGAUAAGGAUACAGGAAAGAAACGAGGGUUUGGCUUCAUCUUCUUUGUUGAACACAACGCAACCAAGAAGGUGAUCGCAGAGAAGUUCCACAAUAUCAAUGGACACACAGUUGAGGUGAAGAAAGCCAUGACCAAGUAUUUGAUGCAGGACACCAGCAGAGGCAGCAUAGCAACGGGCAGACAGACAGGUAGAGGCAUGAGGGUAAAUCGAAAUGGCAACAGCGCCAAGGACUAUGGUGCAAACUAUCACUAUGGAAACAGGAAUGGAAACUACAGAAAUGGUGGCGACUACAACUUUGGCAGCAGCUAUAGAGGAUACCCUGGAUAUGUUGGAAGUUAUGGGGACCAGGAAAGUGGCUAUGGCGGUAGAAACGGCUAUGAGUUUGGAAGUGGCUAUGGCCAGCAUGCAUCUGGUUAUACAUCCUUUGGCCCUCAGGGAAGUUCUGCCCCCUAUAGCAGAGGCGGCGGCGUUGGCUACCCGUUGGAAGGUUAUGGUAGCAGCUAUGAAAAUAGGAUACUCCAUGGAAAAUCGAGCACCCAUUACACACCACAUUACUUCUAA